AUGGCGACAAAAUCCGCGAUUCGACCUUUCCUAAAGGCCUCAAGAUUCCAAUGCCUCAACUCCCGAACCUCACGAUAUUUCUCGCAGACCUCAAUCGCGCGAUCCGAACCUCCACAACCCACGAACCAUGAAAGAACGACGCAUUUUGGAUUUGAAACUGUUGCGGAAGCGGAAAAGGAGGCUAGAGUGGCGGGAGUCUUCAGUAAUGUUGCGCAGAGUUAUGAUACCAUGAACGAUUUCAUGAGUUUAGGUAUACAUAGAUUAUGGAAAGACCACUUCGUCCGCUCCAUCAACCCGGGCACCACCACCCCCUCAACCACAACCACCCCAUCCCCAGGCUGGAAAAUGCUAGACAUAGCAGGUGGAACAGGAGAUAUCGCAUUUCGACUCCUCGAUCACGCAACAAACAUCAACAACUCGCCUUCCUCCACCAUAACAAUCUCAGACAUCAACCCCGAAAUGCUCGAAGAAGGCCGCAAACGCUCCCUCAAAACCUCCUACGCAAACUCCCCCCGUCUCUCCUUCCUCCUCGCCAACGCCGAGAUCCUUCAUACCGUCCCCUCAAAUUCCGUAGACCUCUACACCGUCGCAUUCGGGAUCCGGAAUUUUACCGACAAGCCCAAGGCGCUGAGGGAAGCAUAUCGAGUGUUGAAGCCGGGAGGUGUGUUUGCGUGUUUGGAGUUUAGCGGGGUGACGAAUCCGUUGUUUGAUGCGAUAUAUAAGAGGUGGAGUUUUGGUGCUAUUCCGUUGAUUGGACAAUUGGUUGCGGGGGAUCGCGCGAGUUAUCAGUAUUUGGUGGAGAGUAUUGAGCAGUUUCCUAAGCAAGAGGAGUUUAGGGAUAUGAUUCAGGAGGCCGGGUUUGUGGUGCCUGGGAAGGGAUGGGAAGAUCUAACGGGAGGUAUUGCUGCUAUACAUAAGGGUGUUAAGCCAGUUCCGAAACAGUGA